UAUAUGAACCUUCCAGUCCUAGGGUUUUGGAGAGAAGGAGGGAGAGAUUCAGUGCUGUUUUCAACUGAGGUCUGGACACAGAACUUCAGCCAUGAAGGUUGCAAGCAUCUUUCUUCUCAGUGCCUUGGCUCUGUUGAGUCUAUCAGGUUACACUAGAGCCACCUCCCCGCAAAGAGAGGCUACAUGUACCAGUGAAGUGAGUGGUUGUCCCAAGAUCUACAACCCUGUCUGCGGGACGGAUGGAAUUACUUAUUCUAAUGAGUGCGUGUUAUGUUCUGAAAAUAAGAAGCGCCAGACUCCUGUCCUCAUUCAAAAAUCUGGGCCUUGCUGAGAACCAAGGUUCUGAAAUCCUGUAAGAACACUAGGACACAUGUCUGGCCUGACUGUUGAAUAAAAUGCAUCUAAAUACUU